CUAGAUUACCCAUCAGCAGAUUCAUUGCGAUGUUUAGAUUAGACACUAGUGCAGGUUCAGCAUUGUGACAAUUUCCAUUGUUUUACGAGUUGUUACUAGUGUAUGGAUGCUUUGCUUAGAGAUACCGAAUUCACUUACAAGAAACUGGACUUACAUUUUCAUCUGUUGGAGUGUCUUGAUUGAUGUGUGACUUCUUGAAUACUCUUUUGUGAAUGUACUUUGAUACAAACAUAUUUCAGACUAGAUGUUGAUCUGCUUGAUUGUGAGUAAAGAGUGAAAUCACCUUUUAAUUUGAACUUGACUGAUUGACAAAGUUGUGAUGAUGUGUACAUCUAGGGUUGUAUCGACGAGUGUGCUGUGGGGUCUGCUACUGUGUCUGGCAGCAGUAGGUGCCCAGCCGAGGAUUGAGAUCGCUCCUCAAACGACCACCGUCGUCGCGGGACGCACCGCUAUCCUGUACUGCAAAGUCGUCAACAAGGGAAUGUACACGGUCACCUGGAUCAAAAAUAACAAAAUAAUCAGUAACGAUGGGUCCAUUAUAUCCACAGCAGUUCCCUCUACUAGAUACUCCAUAGUCGGUGACCCCAUCCAAGGCAACUACGACUUGAUGAUAACUGAGGUUUUUACUACGGAAAACAACGUCCCGUUCCGUUGCAAGCUCCGUGCGCCACCGUCGGGGGGUGAGGACAUUGUUUCAGAAUCGGCGUAUCUGAUCGUUCAGCAUCCACCAGGGGAAGGUUGCCCUCAAUGUUCCCCUGAUAACCGUAGCACCACGGGGUUACAAGUCGGUCAGCAAGUGAACUUCAGCUGCUCCACGGAGAGGGGAGAGCCGGCAGCGCGUCUGAACUGGACUCUCGACGAAACGGAGGUCCCAGCACAACUGACCGAGUCACCUGGGUAUAUUAAACUGAACUUCGCCAUCAAUGUCGAUGUGGAGGACGACGGGAAGAGUUUCAUCUGCACCCUGACGCACGAACUUAUGCCAGAACUGAGGGCUUGCGAGGUAGGACCUUUUGAUGUGGUCUACCCGCCCGUAGAGACGACCAUCUCAGCCACGCCGCUUGUUCCCAAGGAGGGCGGGACUCUUGUCCUGGUCUGCGGUGCGACGGCUAACCCAAUCUCGGAUAUUUAUACCUGGUACAUCACCCCGCCAAGCCCAGAGAUUGGAGACAGCCAAGCAAGCAGAGAGGAUAGACCCGGAGCUACCGGAAGUUUAUGGGUCCUGAGAGAUGUGGCUUACGAGGAUGAAGGCACUGUGGUUGUCUGUGAGGCAAGGAACGGUCUAGGAGCACUCAAUGCCUCCUUCACCAUUGAUGUCUUCAAGCAAACCACGCCUCCCCCGCGCCCAACACCACCCCUUGUGGUCCCAACCAAAGCCCCGCCUCCAGCCACUCCUGAGCCUAAAUCUGGUGACUCCCUGAUCACAGCUCCUUACGUCAUCAUUCUCAUACUGAUAGCUGCGGCCUUGCUACUACUGACCAUCGCUUUGGUCAUCUUUGUCGUUAAGAGGAAGAAGCGACCGACCCAAGCCGUCAUCACAGUGACUGAUCUAGACAACAUCCACGCUGACGUGCAUUCCUUGGCUUCCUUCGGUGGCAUCUCCCGGACAGGCACGCCUUAUCUCGACCGUGUCGACUAUGAACUCAAUCGUAGUCGCUCCCACAGCAGGGACAUGUUCGACAGCGUCAGCUUGGACUCAGCCUCCAUUAACAGGUCGCACUCUCGAGACUCCCCUACCCACAGGAAGUACAGUGUCGACUCCCUAGGCAAACCCCUCCGUCAUGAUCAUGGCCACCAUGAGUACCGCAGCCCCAGCAAUGGGUCUCCUACCCACCGUCCCGCCAAGCGCCUUGACUCAUCCCCCAUCAAGGAGCGCAAGCCAAGCGACUCAGCUCACAGUCAAGCCGGUCGCCCCUUGCCCAAGAUCGCGGAGCCGAUACAGCAGAACGAGUACGCCGAGCUAACACCGAUCUCAGCCCGUAAGCGGUAUAACGAAUCGUUGACGUUCUCAUCAAACCCUUGAAUGACUCCUACCCACCCCUCCAUUCUUCUAAUAACUGCAUCUGUGGUCGCAAGAUGUCCCACGUCGAGGUCUGAUGCUGGUAUCAAUUAGUCUGGUGUCGAAGAGUCGAGUGCGGUAUGAUCAAAACUUUACUCGUUAAGUUCCCUGAUCGUAAGGUCCAAGAAGACCAGAACAAAACCAUUGGUUGCUGACAAAAAUACGUGAAGGACCAGUCCCUUACUCGUGGUCAGUUUGUGCAUCUGAAGGACUUUUGGUCACUUUCUGCCACUCAAGACUAUUUUGCAUAUAGUUUUGUGAUGUGAAUACUAUGAAUUUCCACCUGGCUGUGGUAAUGAGUAACAAAAUGGUGCACAUGUAUGAAAAACAAAAUUGCAAAAACAGCUGCAAAAUUGCGAAUCAGUAACCAAUAUCAUGGUCAAAGUGGACUCAGCAUCCGGGAGCUGAGGUCAAAGGUAAUGGUGAAAAUGUCAAAGGUCAAAGGCAAAAGGGCUUGAACAAAAACGUAAAAGGCUUUUGGUUCGGUAGGUAAAAAUCCUUGUAGCACUGUAACGUUGGGAAGAACUUUAGCCGUGACUUUCUUUUCUUUUGACAAAAAAAUCUCUAUCAAACCAAAUUGCUCAUCUGGAAGGAAUCAGUCAAACGUGAAUGUCGUGGUGUAAAGAUAAAUUGGUGACGAUAAGAUUGCAAAACAAUCGAGUAGCCAAUGUAUGUCUGAGCAGACGGAGAACAGCAUUUUUACAAAAUAAUGUAAUGAACUGAAAAUAUACUAAAAAGAGUAAAAGCGGACGAAAAGUUGUAUUUUUUGUUUGCGUUUUCCGAAAAUUGACAGUCUGCUGCAGAGAAAGU